GUAAGAAGUAUUGAACCAGAACCAGAGCAUAUUAAUGAAACCGUUUGUUAAAAUGAAUGGAUGGAACUUGAGAUGAUUUGGGAUGAAGCAAGAAAUAACGUUAACCUCGGUUGCAUCGAAUAUUAUAGCAUCACAAAUAAAAAAAGUUUCCAUACAACAACUUUAAGCGGUCACAUACAAACGGAGCUGUAUGCUUAGUGUCUUUUUUACUGGAGAUUGUACCGUUUAGAAAAGAAUCCAUGUUAAAUUUAAUAUAUCUUCUUAAAUUAAAAAGUUUUCCACACAACAACUUGCUAUCGGCGGUUCCGACAAAUGAGAAACUUCUUAGGGAUAAAAGCACGUGUGCAAAGUUUAAUAUCUCAAUAACCGAGGAACUGGUUAGCGUAUAUACAGACGGAUAGACAGACGAACUUGGCUAAAUCGACUUAGCUCAGAUGCCGGUCAUUUGAAUAUAUAUUUUAUAGGGUCUCCGACGUUUCCUCUUGGGUGUUGUAAACAUAAUAUACCCUGUUCAGAGUAUAAAAAAAACCAGAAAACUAUAACAAAGAGAUGCAAACGGUUGCAGAUGCGGUUGCUACUUAUACACAUAGACAUAUAUGUAUAUUAAGAUAUGAGUACCUAUAAACAUAUUCAUAUUUAGUUCUUUGUACAACACCAAUAUAUGCUUUUAUCAGCUGUCGUAUCACUUAUUUAAUACGCCCCUAUUAGUAAAAAUAUGCGCACCAUUAGCCUUCUUCUACUCAGACAAUUUAGUUUCUGCCCUCGUUUCAAAGUGUUUUCAUCCAAAUGAUAGAAAUAAUUUUAAAAUUAUUAACACUGUUGUUGACCAUUUCUGAGAGCAGCAGUAAUAAACGGCUCCAGGGGAAUCCUGGUUUCGAUAAUGCUGAUGCCUGGGAAUCUGGUUAUCUGCCUUGUGCACUUGAGGAAGUAGUUUUUCCCGAAACAUAUCCGGCCGUGCUUCCACUUCCUAACAAAGUCGACAUCAGCGGAUUGGUGCUGCCACGUGAUGGUGCCAUUAUGUUUAGCGACGAGUCCACUAUAACAUUAGGCGGUGAAUUACAGAAGCGAGAAUGUGAAAAUGGGCGCAAUCGCCGUGCUUAUUUGAAAAUGCCCUUAACGAGGAAAUGGUACGAUCCCAGUAGUUGGAUUAGCACCACAGCGCUUGGAAAAAAUACAGCAAUUCCGCAUUUGGAGCGCAUACCUUGUGACAAUGAGACCGUGGUGAUGCAACGCACAGGACCACUUUCGGUUGAUUUGGAGUACAUUGCUUACUUAAGGAUGGGUCAUUUGAAUUUGGCUGGUUCCCUCAUAUCUAGCGAUUAUUUGAAUUAUUUAAUACACACUGAUAUUGGGCAGCUGCUUUUCAAAAAUAGCUAUGGCACAAUGGUGCAAUAUUAUCAUCAGGAUACCUGCGGCUGCCAACUGGACGCGUACUUGUACACUGAACCGGUUUGUAAGAAUGUCAUUGAAACUUGCGAACGACCGCACUGUUUAGUGCCGGUAACACCCCUCGAAAGCUGCUGUCCGAUUUGUGGCUCUAUAUUACGCUUCUCCAUGGAAUACUGUAGUGAGGGAAAUUUGAAUAAAUUGCGCAAAGUGAUUGUCGCCGCUAUUAAGGAGCAAGAACUCACCGCAGAUUUGGAUUACCACGUCAACUAUGUGCAGAUUUGGAUUGAUUCAUCAACUAUGUCUCAAGGAAAUUACUUGCAGGCAAUAAUAGUCGAUCGGGAUGGGUAUAGUGAGAAAAGUGUGCGCUUUAUGGCGCGUUUAAAUGCCUCAACUGAUUGGUCAAAACUCUUUGAGGGGCCACAUCAACUGGAAAUGAUCGCAUCUGGGCGUCCCUACAACCCGAAUAUUACCUUCGGUUCCAUCUUGUUGAUCAUUCUUUGCCUGGCAUUUGUGUCUGUGGUAGCUUUAGUAAUGUUCGCGCAAUAUGCACCAGACCAUCGCUAUCUGCAUCAUGUGCCACAGUGGAUCUAUGAUCCGAACCGUUGGCGUGCAUUCUUGCUCCGUUCAUCUGUCAUGUUUGCUCGUUUUGAAAAUGUGACAGCUGGUGGCGUUGACGCCGAUGUAACGGAUGGCCCUACGAUGGGCUACGAUGCCGAAAGCGGUCAAGUAAGAGAGCGCGCCUUCGACAAUCCAAUGUUUGGUGAGAAAUUGACAGAAACAAGCGCUGCAAUUACUUCGACCGCUGCAGCCGCUAGCACACAACCGGCAUCUAGAAGCACUACGUCGGCGGCUGCUAUUGUCACCGUGGGCAUGCCAAAAGUUAAAGAGCAAAAAUUGGCCGUGAAGUCGAGCGGCAGCAAAUUAGAAAGUGUUACAUUAGUCGAUGCCAUGGAGGGCAGUGAUUUCGAGGAAGAACAAGAAUUGACUGAAAUUACACUGGAGGACAUGGCUAGCGUGAACGACGGCAUAGAGGAAGAAACAAAGGAGUAGAUGAGUAAACCUACAUACCAUGAUAGCACUAAAGGGUUGUGAAAAAGAAUUAAGAACCCAUAUGAACUCACUUGGUGUAUAUAUUAGUUAUAGAACAUAUUGAACAUAUUGUUAUCUUUAUUGAAAAUACUGCAAUUUUUUCACUCCUGAAUAAACAAUAUUUUAUCUAAA